CGGCCAGGGUCCCCGCCACGCUGCCUGCCGCCCCCACCCCCAUCGGCGCGCGCGCGCCCAGCCCCGCUGGCUGGCAGACACGCGCUCGCGCUGCCUCCCUUGGCUGGCCCCCACGCUGCCACCCCCGAUUAUUCCCCGAGGGUCCCGCAUCCGGAAAGUGAGUUCGGCUCCGGGAUCCGCAGCCUGGCGUCCCGGUGCGCACCAUGCGGGCCCUGCUGCUGCUCGGGACCGUCGCGCUGCUGGCCUCCGCCGCGGGCCCAGCCAGGGCGCGCCCAUCCAACGACACGAGCGCAGUGGCCCCGGGUCCGCUGCCCGCGCUCCUCGCGCACCUGCGGCGCCUAACCGGGGCUCUGGCGGGCGGCGGGAGCGCGGCGGGCCCCGCGGCCAACGCCACCAAGACCAACCCGGCGGGUGGCGCGGGCGCAGCGGCACGGGCUCCCCCUCCGGCCGAGCUCUGCCACGGCUACUACGAUGUCAUGGGUCAGUACGACGCCACCUUCAACUGCAGCACCGGCUCCUACCGCUUCUGCUGCGGCACCUGCCACUACCGCUUUUGCUGCGAGCACCGCCACAUGCGCCUGGCUCAGGCCUCCUGCUCCAACUACGACACGCCACGCUGGGCCACCACGCCACCGCCUCUAGCCGGAGGCGCCGGGGGCGCCGGGGGUGCGGGAGGGGGUCCGGGGCCGGGCCAGGCAGGGUGGCUGGAAGGGGGCCGGGCCGGGGGCGCUGGUGGACGUGGAGGCGAGGGUCCCGGGGGCAGCACAGCCUACGUGGUGUGCGGAGUCAUCAGCUUCGCCCUGGCGGUGGGCGUCGGUGCCAAAGUGGCCUUCAGCAAGGCGUCGCGUGCGCCCAGAGCGCACCGGGAGAUCAACGUGCCCAGAGCUCUGGUAGACAUUCUGAGGCAUCAAGCAGGACCUACAACCCGCCCAGACAGGGCUCGAAGCAGUUCUCUGACCCCAGGGCUAGGAGGCCCAGAGAGUGCACCCCCCAGGACACCCAAGAACCUUUACAACACCAUGAAGCCCUCCAACCUCGAUAACCUGCACUACAACGUCAACAGCCCCAAGCACCGCGCUGCCACACUGGACUGGCGAGCCAUGCCACCACCCAGCCCCAACCUACACUACUCCACACUGUCCUGCUCGCGAUCCUUCCACAACCUCUCUCAUCUUCCCCCAUCCUAUGAGGCUGCUGUGAAAUCGGAACUAAAUCGCUACUCCUCUCUCAAGAGAUUGGCUGAGAAAGAUCUGGACGAAGCCUACCUGAAACGCAGACAUCUGGAGAUGCCCCGCGGGACACUGCCCUUGCAUGCACUACGGCGGCCUGGCACUGGAGGUGGCUACCGCAUGGAUGGCUGGGGUGGUCCUGAGGAGCUGGGCCUGGCACCGGCACCCAACCCCCGGCGGGUUAUGUCGCAGGAGCACCUGCUGGGUGACGGCCGUUCCCGCUAUGAGUUCACACUGCCCCGGGCCCGCCUGGUGUCUCAGGAACACCUGCUGCUGUCCUCACCAGAGGCCCUUCGCCAGAGUCGAGAGCAUCUGCUGUCCCCACCGCGAAGUCCCGCACUGCCCCCAGAUCCUACCACCCGGGCCAGCCUGGCCGCCUCACACUCCAACCUGCUGCUGGGGCCUGGGGGGCCCCCCACACCCCUGCAUGGGUUGCCUCCGUCAGGCCUGCAUGCUCACCACCACCAUGCCCUCCAUGGCUCUCCUCAGCCAGCCUGGAUGUCUGAUGCAGGAGGGGGCGGGGGCACACUGGCCCGCAGGCCGCCUUUCCAGCGCCAGGGCACCCUGGAGCAGCUCCAGUUCAUUCCAGGACACCACCUGCCACAGCACCUGCGCACUGCCAGCAAGAACGAAGUGACGGUCUGAGGCCAGGAUGGAGCGCUGGGGGCUGUGGCUUCUGCGGUGGCCCCCUCCUCCCAGCCCAGAUCUCCAUCGCAGGGUUAUCAUACACACCGAGGGUCUGAGACCAGAUGGGCCCUUGGAUCGGAGACCACGCCUCCUUUUGGGAUGUCACAGUAGAUGAGAUCUCUCUUUCUACUUUGUCACUGUUCGAACCAAGGCCCCCUUCCCAUGAUGUCAUCACAGAGGAAGAGGCCCGCACAUG